UAGUAUACCAACUGCCUUCUUUUUUCUAAUUACAAACAGCGAAUGCAAAGAAAAAUAAUCAUCAAUCCAGCGCAGACAAUUCAGGGAUUAAUAUUUGAGAGUUUUAAGCGUCAUGGCAAGGAUAAAACCUCAAGCUCUUUUACUGCAAAGCAAAAAGAAAAAGGGGCCAAGUGGUGUCAGUGUCCCUACAAUUAUAGUAUACGCCAUAAUUGUUGCUGUGAUGGUGUUUUCCCUGUAUUCUACAUAUAGAUACUGGUCUCGAAGAUCAAUUGUUCAGGCACAGGGUGACAUAUCAACGAGCAAGGCUAUAGAGCGGAAGAAAUCUGAUAUUCCUAAAUAUGCUCUUAUAAGCACCUCGAAAGGCCUGAUAACUUUGGAACUUUACAAGGAUGGUUCUCCUGACGUUGUUGAUGAAUUCAUUGAUUUCAGUCAGAAGGGCCACUUUAAAGGGAUGCAAUUUAGUCGUGUAAUAAAGAACUUUGUCAUCCAUGGUAGUAAAGUUGAAAGACCUGAAGCUACAGAAGAUUGGACAUCGAGGGGAAAACAUUACAGCCAACUGGACACAAGUCUUAAGCAUGAAGCAUUUAUGCUUGGUACCUCCAAAGUGAAACACGAAGAUGGAGGAUUUGAUCUAUUUAUCACGACAGCGCCAAUACCAGAUUUGAAUGACAAGAUCAAUGUCUUUGGACGUGUCAUCAAGGGAGAAGAUGUUGUGCAGGAAAUUGAAGAAGUAGAUACAGAUGACCACUAUCGACCCAAAACACCAGUACAAAUCAAUGAAGUAAUUCUGAAGCACAAAAUUUGAACUCUUUGUCCAUAAGAUGCAGUUACUUAACAUCGAUGAACAGAAACAGACAUCAGCAUGAGUGGACUUGAUUUCAGGUUAUAAUGGUUCAAAAAUCUUUUGAAGAUUUUAUUCCUCAGAUUUGACACGUUGCGGCUAGCUAUCAGUGCUUUUGAUAAAAGAUAUGGAUACAGAUAGUCCAUUUGUGUAAUUUGGUUAGGUUCUCUCCCCGAAUUUUCCAUUAGGAUAAACAAUCGGUCUGUUCUAUAUAUGUUUCUGGUAAUUGAUAUGCUCACAGGAAUUUUUUCAUCAGACUGUUCAAAAGAAGGUAAUUUAUGAUUUUCAUCCAAGAUUCAUAUUAGACAUGUCUGAAUCAUGAUAUCAACACUUCAGGA